AUGGCUUCAAGUGCCACUGCAUGUCGGAAGGCCAUCAACGGCAGAUGCAGGUUUUCGCCGGAAACGCUGUUUAAGGAAGGGCAGAAGAAGAAGCGGGAGCGCGCGGAGCUGGUGGGGGAAGAGCGACACGAGAAGGAGAUUCAGGAGCAGAUCGAACGGGCGAGAUCGAAGCAGCCGCAGCCGGAGGAUGCGGAGGCGAAGGAUGCGGAUCCGGAGAAGAAGGUCCUGCAGCGUGAUCCCAACGCGGGGGAGAAAAUCGCGUUUGCGUUCGGGGGCUUGGGGGGAGGAGGUGGAGGGAGUGGGUCGUCUGGAGUGCAAAAGACAGGUGGGGGUCAGAAAGCAGGAGGGAGCAGCGCAGCAGCAGCAGCAGCUGCAGGUGGUGUUGGUGGUGGUGGCUUACAGGUGGAGAGUAAAGCAGGAGCAGCGGUGUUUGGUGUAGAAGAUGAUGAUGAUGUUGAUGGGGAUGAUAACGGGGUUGCGGUGGGGAAAAAAGCAAGGCGAGUUGGGGAGAAUGGGGAUAAAGGAGGGUCCAAAUCAGGUGGUGGCCCUGCUGCGGGAGGAACCCUAGCAGCGUUGAUGGAAGAGCAGGAGAGGGCAAAGGAGAGGGCGAAUCGGAAGGACUACUGGCUUACAGAGGGCAUUGUGGUGAAGAUAAUGAGUAAAGCGCUCAAGGAGAAAGGGUAUUAUAAACAGAAAGGCGUGGUGCUGCGAGUGAUUGAUAGAUACGUUGGAGAGAUUAAGACGCUGGAGGAGGGGCAUGUGGUAAGGGUGGAUCAAGAGGAGUUGGAAACGGUGCUGCCGCAGAUUGGAGGGGUGGUGAGGGUUGUGAAUGGGGCGUACAGGGGUUCCCUGGCAAAGCUGGUGGGUGUUGACACGGAGAAGUUUUGUGCUAAGGUGGAAAUUCAGAAGGGUGCGUUCGAUGGGAGGGUGAUUCCAAGGAUUGAUUAUGAGGAUAUUUGUAAGGUGCAUGUGAAGUGA